UAAAAUGCAAUAGCUAAUCUCACUCAGUCUCUAACAAUUCACAGACCGGGUGUCUUAAAAUGUUAUAUUUUAAGACUCACAAACUGUGCAGAUUCCCCAACUGAGUACGAGGCAAAAAAAAAAAAAAAAAGCCUUGGUUCGAAUCUCUCGCUAGUUACUAAAAUGUCCUGCAAGUUUAAGCUGCUGUUGGAAAAUGCCGAGCAAAUGGUUGUUGUAUGUCGAAAAGAAGAGGAAUUUCUGCUUCAGGAGGGAAUGCAGCAAUUGGCCGUAUUGGAAAACGCCAGUCUGGUGGUCGGAAAUGAUGGAUACAUAAAGGCAGUAGGACCUACAGAACUUAUUCGUAAUCAAUUUUCUCAUGAAUCAUUUGAAACAAAAAUUGACUGUUCUGGCAAAUGUGUCUUGCCAGGGUUUAUUGAUGCGCACACUCAUCCUGUAUGGGCUGGUGACCGAGUCAAUGAAUUUGCAAUGAAGCUUGCAGGAGCCACUUACAUGGAAAUCCACCAGGCCGGAGGAGGGAUCAAUUCCACAGUAGAGAGUACCACCGCUGCUUCAGAAGAAGAACUGUACUGCAGCUUUAAACACCGCCUGCAAAGGAUGCUCCGCGCAGGCACUACACUUGUGGAGUGCAAAAGUGGGUACGGUCUAAAGCUGGAGACCGAGCUAAAGAUGCUAAGAGUCAUAGAACGUGCCCAGACGGAAAUGGACAUCGGCAUCUCCUCUACUUACUGCGGAGCUCACUCAGUGCCAAAGGGAAAAAGUGCAGUUGAAGCAGCAGAUGACAUCAUAACUAAUCAUCUACCUGCCCUGAAACAGUUAGCCCUGAAUGGGGAAAUUCACGUGGAUAAUAUUGAUGUUUUCUGUGAAAAGGGAGUAUUUGACCUGGAAUCCACCAAAAGGAUUCUUCAAGCUGGAAAAGCCAUAGGAUUACAUCUAAACUUCCAUGGAGAUGAACUUAGUCCCAUGAAAUCUGCAGAGUUGGGUGCAGAAUUAGGAGCGCAUGCUGUGAGCCACCUGGAAGAAAUAAGUGAUGAGGGAAUCGUAGCUCUGGCUAAGACAAAGGUUUCUGCCGUGUUGCUCCCUACGACAGCCUACAUCCUGAGGCUGAAACAACCAAGAGCAAGGGACAUGCUUAAUGCCGGGGUAAUAGUCUCUCUAGGGAGUGACUUCAAUCCCAAUGCUUACUGUUUAUCUAUGCCCAUGGUCAUGCACUUGGCUUGUGUGAACAUGCGGAUGUCUUUAAACGAAGCCCUUGCUGCUGCUACAAUCAAUGCAGCCUAUGCUCUAGGACGUUCUCAUACCCAUGGAUCUCUGGAGGUCGGAAAACAAGGAGAUGUUGUUAUAAUCAAUUCCUCAAGAUGGGAACAUCUAAUAUACCAAUUUGGUGGCCAUCAGGAACUAAUUGAAUAUGUCAUCAUCAAAGGAAAAAUUGUUCACAAAAAAUAUAGCAUUCUUGGUCUCUAAGAGGCCUGUUUAGAAUGCAAGAAUUAGUUUUGAAGCAUCACAAUGUUUCCCAUCAAUGUCUAAUCCAUGAUGGUGUACAAUAGAAAUCCUUAUUAGACGGCCUGUUAAACUGUCCUCUGAUAUGCUGGAUUCAAUACUGUAGCCAUCAACAAAUUAAAAGCUGUACUGACCAUUGGAAAUAAAUAACAUUUCUCAGGUU